GUUAAAUUUUAAAUUGCAUUUUUUUAAAAUGUUAAGAAACCACUAAGAACUCUACAUUUAGUGUAUUCGAAAAUAUAGUGAGCAGAAUGUUCCAGAAUACGAUGCAGUUUGUUACCCAUCGCACCAAGAUGCUUAAAAGUCUCAAUAAUAACCAAAAUCCUUUUUCCAUGGAAAAUCUUCUUUCUAAUGGAAAAAUUUCCCCCAUUUCCCCAGAGAUGGAUUUAGAAUGCGACCCAACCCGUCCAGAAGACCUUACUGAGCAAGAUUAUAAGCGAAAUAGCUACAGUCCCAGUUCAACUAAGUUGGAAGAUGAUUUAAGCGAUCAUUUAGAAGAGAGAAUGUCACCGAAUGAGCGUUCAAAUCAAAACGAUUUUUUUAGUCGAUUUAACUGUAUCAGAAGUCGGAUUUGCUCAAACUGUGGUAGAUUAGACUGUAAUUUCUUGCAAUGUAGACUAACGAGUGAGAGUAUGAUUAUUAAAGACAGCAAACCGGUGCUAAAAUUUAGUGUAAGUGCAAUAUUGGGAGACGAGAAGAGGGAAGCUCAAAGAAAUGGAUCAAGUGAAAACCUAAUACAUGUAGCCCACCCCAGCCUAUUAGGACUCCAAUCAUAUCUUGGUGGAGGAGGAGUUGCAAAUCAUUCUCCAUCGAUAGCCAAGCCAGUACCAAGUAGACCACCUCAAUUCAACCCUCACUUAUUGCUAGCGCACUGUAGGCCUCAACCCUAUCUCACAGUUUCAACGCCAGUCUCAGGUACGCAAUCAGCCGUAUUUCCUCUACCAGGUACUUUUCCAUGGGCACACAGCGGAAGAGGAAAACCCAGAAGAGGGAUGAUGCGUAGGGCAGUAUUUAGUGAUUUACAAAGAAAAGGGUUAGAGAGGAGGUUUCAAAUACAGAAGUACAUAAGCAAACCGGAUAGAAAAAAACUAGCAGAAAAAUUGGGCCUUAAGGAUAGUCAGGUGAAAAUAUGGUUUCAAAAUAGACGAAUGAAAUGGAGAAAUUCCAAAGAGCGAGAACUGUUGGCAGCUGGUGGGUCACGCGAACAAACUUUGCCCAAUAAAAACAACCCUCAUCCAGAUCUAAGCGAUGCUGACGGAGAUAGGCCUAAAUUGGAUUUAUCAGAUGUACCUGAUAUCUCUCCAGCUAAUUCCCCAAGCGAUCGUCAACAAUUAUCAAAUCAAGAAUUGACAUCGCCGUCAGAAUCCGCCCAUUCGAACUUACUAACGUCACAGAACUACCAAGGCUCUUCUUACGAUACCAUGGAGUAUGACAGCUCAAAUGACAGCGACGAAGAAAUAAAUGUCACGUGAUUGUGCUACGAAUAAUACCAAAAAGUUUAACCGACAUUCCAAAUAAAUUGUGGUGAUUUUUUUAAUAUUAAGAUUGUAUAAAUCAAAGUAUUUAAAAUAGGUGUCAAAAUGCCUAUAUUCUAACCAUUCAUAGUAUAUACAUACAUUGUUCUCAACUUCUAAAUUCAUGCCGUAUAAUUUAUUUAAAUGUCAGAGUGCAUCAUAAAUAUCUUCUUAAAAUAUUUUUUUAACUCUGUAAUUAAUUACAAAACUGAUUAAAUGUAUAUAUGUUUUCA